AUGGGAAAGUCUAAUCUGGAGCUGAUUUGUGAAUGCGACAAUUUCCCUUACUAUACCGAUAACCGUGCGGCAUACACGGAGAAUUUAAAGAAUUAUUAUGAGUUCCGAGUUAAUGGAUACGAUGCUAUUCUGGGCUACAUCUUGAACUCGGUAGUCGAGAAAUUCCCUUGGUCACCAGACUACUGGGUGGUCGACUCUACCGCAAAGACCGUAACUUUGGCUACGCCAGCAGAUGCAACUCCCGAGCACCGCAGUAAAUUGGUCGGCGACAGCAUCCUCGAAGCCGUAAAGCUUGAUGCAUUCGAAGUAUUGAGAGGAUGGCGGAACGAGAAAUAUCCCGUCUACGGACCUGGUGGCGAGUUUCUCCUCGACAUGGAACGGUGUGCGUCCCCCCUCUUCGGCAUCGUGAGCUACGGCGCUCACAUGACCGGCUAUGUGGAGGAUGCCGAUGGCCUCAAAUUCUGGGUUCCCCGACGGGCAAAGAACAAACAAACCUACCCUAGCAUGUUGGACAACAUGGUUGCGGGUGGUAUGUGCACCGAUGAGAAGCCAUUUGAGUGUAUUGUCCGUGAAGCUAUGGAGGAAGCCUCCCUCCCCGAGGAGAUAGUCCGUGCUUCCAUCGUCCCAGUAGGCUGUGUGACUUACAGCCAUAUCCGGGAUGCACGAGCUGGUGGUGAAAUUGGUCUCAGUCAGCCGGAAGUCGAGUAUUGUUUUGAUCUGAAGCUCGAUGCGUCAGUCAUUCCGUGUCCGGGGGACAACGAAGUAGAAGAGUUCAAGCUCUUGACGGUGCAGGAAGUGAAAGAUGCGUUGGCACGAGGCGAGUUCAAACCCAACUGUGCUGUCGUCAUGAUUGAUUUCUUUAUUCGGCGUGGCAUUCUCACUGCUGAGAAUGAGCCGGAUUACCUGGAUAUUAUAUCUCGCCUUCACCGUCGCUUGGAAUACCCGACGGCCUCUCACUGCUAG